AUGAUGCGUUACCUCCUCUAUGCAGCUCCAGGAUUUGGUUGUCUCAUCGGCCUGAUUCCUGCCAUUUUUCUGGUGCGAUGUUGUGGGUCUCGUGGAACGUUGUCAGCAGCAUUGGUAAUGUCUGCGAUCCUCACAGCAAUGCUCCCAAUCCUGUCUCAAUUCGGAUUUCUGGCGUUGUUUCCUCUUCGCCUGCUGAUUGGUGUCAGUUUUGCACCCGCAUUACCUGUUGCUGGGGCGAUUUGUGCCAGUUGGGGAUGCCUGAACGAACAGCUUCUUUUCAUCGGAACCGUCUUCGCCUUCAUACAU